UCUUCAGACGAGAGAUGCUGGGAUGUGCGUUUGACUGCGGUCGCUCCUCCUCCCACAGUGCUACAAGAGACAGGCUUAGUUUUCACUCUGCCUCCCUCCUCCUGCGGCCCUGCUUGAGGCAAGACAACUCACCAAGGUCUUUAAAAGCUCGCUGGUGAACAAUGUACCAGCCAACAUGGGACAGACCCUGUGCAUAUGCUCCCGUGGCUCCAUCACCAUUGACAACAAAAAAUACUACUUUGUCCAGAAACUAGACGAGGGUGGUUUCAGUUAUGUGGAUUUGGUAGAAGGGGUAAAGGAUGGUCACUUCUAUGCCCUGAAGAGGAUCCUGUGCCAUGACCGUGAGGGCCGUCAGGAGGCUCAGACAGAGGUGGAGAUGCAUCAGAUGUUUAGUCACCCCAAUGUCUUGAGUCUAGUAGCACACACCUUUGUUGAACGUGCGGGCAAGAGUGAAGCCUGGUUACUUCUGCCUUAUAUAAGUAAAGGCAGUCUUUGGUCUGUUCUGGAGAAACUCAGAGACAAAGGGAGCUCAAUGCCUGAAAAACAGAUUUUGCAAAUCUUGCGUGGCAUCUGCUCUGGACUAAAGGCCAUUCAUGAGAAAGGCUAUGCACACAGAGAUCUGAAGCCUACGAACGUGCUUCUGGAUGAGGAUGACAAGCCAUUGCUGAUGGACCUGGGCUCUAUGAACAGGGCCAGGAUUGAGGUUAGAGGAACCAGAGAAGCCAUGACCAUACAGGACUGGGCAGCCCAACGGUGCACAAUUUCCUACAGAGCUCCAGAACUCUUCAAUGUAGAGAGCCACUGCAUUGUAGAUGAGCGCACUGACAUCUGGUCACUUGGCUGUGUACUUUACUGUAUGAUGAUGUUGGAGGGGCCUUAUGACCUGGUGUUUCAGAAGGGGGACAGUGUUGCCCUGGCUGUCCAGAAUCCUGUGUCCAUCCCACAGCCUUGCAGUUACUCUGAAGGCCUGCAAUUGCUGCUGAGCUCCAUAAUGGUGUCAAAUCCCCAGGAGAGACCAAAUAUCAACUGGGUUCUUGACCAGGUACAGGACCUGCAGAGUCGCAGCCCCAACACCCAAACCAACAUGGUCUGAUCUUGCACAGUACACUAGUUAUGGGGUCUAGGAAAGAAAUGAAGGUCUUAUUUUAAGCGUGAAAAUGUUCCUUUUAUUUAUUGACUUCUUGUGUAACACCUUAGGUAGGUACAUACUUUAAUUCAGCUUGGGGAGCUUUGCAACACUUUCAGCUUUUAGUUUGAAUAAUCUGAUGCCGCCAGUAUAUCACAGUUGAACCUUGUAAGCUUACACAAUGAUCAAAAAUGGCCUUAAACUUAGUUUCACCCUGCAAUGUGAUGCUUCAAAAUCAAAUAUUGCUUCUGAUAAUUAAGUGGCUUCACCUUGCAAUCUUAAAGGAAUAGUUUGAAACAAAAGAUUUGCUAUCUUGCAAAGCGUGACACAAGAUGAUAGAUUAAAACCACUCAUGUCUGCCAGCUGAUGCCACAGCGAAGACAGGAAACUGCCUAUCUGUCUGUCCCAAAAUAACAAAAUCUGCCUAUCAGCUUUUCACAGCUCAGCAAUUAUUACACUUAAGUCGUGUUAGUGAAAUCCAUAUAAAAACCAAAGUGUAAAAAUAACAAGCAGGUUUAUUAGGUUAUUGUAGUUUUCACACUUAUAAAACAAAUAAUAUAUAACAAACAUGUUGAUGAGUGAACUUUAGAAGUGCUGUGAGGUGAAUUUUUCACCUUUGGUCAGGACAGCCUUGCUGGCUGUGGACUUAUAUAUAGACUACAGCAGACAUGAAAGUGGUAUAACAUAUAAGCAAAAUUCCCAAAAUGUCAAACUAUUCCUUUAAAAAGUGAAAAACUGUUUGUCUUAUUAUUGUAGGUAUUUUUUUUGCAAGAAAAGGGAAAACACAAAAGCUUUGCCAAACUUUCCAGUGGUUGAAAGCUACCUGAGUUUAAAACAUAUCACACAUAAUUCCCUACUAAGAAGGUCCAAUAUUAUCCAGUUCCUUUGAUUCCUGAGUAUUGGCUGUGAAGUACCUCGUGGCUACACGUGUGUGCUGUAAUCAUCAAUGUGCAGAGUCGCCUUCAGCUUUUCUCCACACCUGCACUCACACUUUUUGUCUCUACCUGGGAAAAGUUGAGACAGAGCGCUUCUCUCCUGCAAUGCUGCUUUUGAACACACAGAGGUGCUCCACCAUCACAGUCCAUAUAUUAAUGUGAUCAUGGUUCUGACUUGUACAGCUUAUAAUGUGUGAAUGGGCUCUUUGUAAAACACGGCAAAGAGUAUCCGCUUACAUAAAAAGAAAAAACGUAACAGACAAGGGGUUAGGUUUACUGCUACACACCUGAACAAUAAUAAAAUUAACUUUUAAUAAUUUUAAUGAAUGACUUAGAAAUGUUUUUAUUAUCUGAAAGUCAGUCAUCGUCAUACCUACCACUGCAGUUUAACCUUUUUACUUCACUUUUCACUGUAUUGUGUUUUUAAACGGUUUAGUAUAUUCCAUUCCAGCCAUGCUUUUAUUUAAUCCUGGGUUUCCUGUUAUGUGUCAAUGUGGUACACACUUUUGUUCUCUCAGGGUUCACCCACAUCUCAAAGCAUCACACGGUCUUUACUAGUAGACCUAAAUGGUACCUUUAAAACCAUUGUUAGAUUAAAUACUAUUUUGGGCAUUUAAGUUAAGAUUAAUGCUUUUGUGACUCUGUAAUGCUGUGGUAUUGGAUCGUAUUACAACUAAAACAAUUCCCUGUUGAAGUGCAGUCAAUUCUUUGAAUGGUGAUUGACAUACUGUUUAAGUAUAUAAUUAUUUUAAUGCUAAGUUUGGAUAUGUCAAUUGACGUUUUGUGUUUUUGGUAAUGGUAAACUAAAUGCAGGUAUCACGCUGAUAAACUAAGACUUUUUUUUAAGUACUGGUCAAGUUCACAGAUAUCAGUGAGCAACAGUGUAUCUUCUGAUUAUGGAAAAUCCUGUUGAAAGUAUGUUAAAUCUGUUAUUCACUGCACAUUAAAACGAUAAGUAAAUAUAAAAUAUGUAGCACUGUAUACAGUUUUAAUACAAUUGUCUGUGAAAUAAAGCUGCAUUUAA